AUGAUUGAAUUAUCUUCAUCAACAAACUCGUCUUCAUUUCCCUCGAUGAGUUUAGUUUCAUCUCCACCACGAUCAGUUUGUUCAACAACCAAUGCAACAAAUAAUCCGACUGUUGUUGUUCCAACACGUUUACAUAAGUUUCCAUGUCAAGAUAUUGAAAAACUCAAACAGAAAUAUCGCAUUCAGCACACAAGUUGUUUCACACAUUUUCAAAAUUUGAUCAAUAAACAUCGAAUUUCCAAAUGUCGCGAAUGUAAUUCAGAUGAACAAUGUCGAAUCUGUUUAGAGUGUUCAUCAUGUUUUUGUCGUCAACACGCUCAACAGCAUUCAAGAUUACCAUCACAUCCACUGGCGAUCGAUGUCAAACGCUUAUUUGUUCACUGUUAUAAUUGUGGAGAUGUUCAAUAUGAUCCAGUGUUCGAACGAGCAAGACGAAAGAUUAUUUUGUUACAACAAAAUUCAACCAGCAAUCCGUCAGGUUCAACAACUGUUGGAGGUAUCUGCGGACUUCUUAAUCUCGGUAAUACUUGUUUUAUGAAUAGUGUUCUACAAGCAUUUGUUCAUGCACCUGUUCUUCGCGAAUGUUUCCUUUCCGAGAAACAACAUCAAUGUGAAUCCAAAGAUGAUAAUCAUACGAUCAAUAAUUGUAUUAUGUGUCAAUUACGUCUUUUGUAUCAUCAUGUUCAUGAAGGACAAACAACAAAUGAACCAUUUGUUCCAUCACAAUUAUUGUAUUUGAUUUGGACACACGAAAAUCAUUUAGCUGGUUUCGAAGAACAAGAUGCACAAGAGUUAUUGAUGGCUUUAUUUAACAUAAUUCAUUCACAAAAUACCGAUGAAAAUUCAAAUGAUGAGAAAACAUGUUCGUGUAUCAUUGAUCGAUUCUUUAAAGGUGCUUUACAAUCAGAAAUUACGUGUUCUCAGUGCGGAUCUGUAUCGACGAAAAAUGAUCUUGUUCGAGAUAUUUCUCUUCAAUUACCUCUGUCAUCUUCAUCCGAUGAAUUAUUCCCAUCAUCAUCAUUUUCUCUGGAAAAUUGUCUAUGGAGAUUUACACAUUCCGAAGCAUUAAGUAAUUUCUACUGUGAUAAAUGCCAACUGUCAAUGUCAGCUAACAUUAAGUUAACCAUCUCUCAAGCACCUAUUGUUGCUUGUUUUCACUUAAAACGCUUUCAAUAUGUGAAGAAAUCUCGAUCGAAAAUGCGAAAGAAGAUUUCGGCGCACAUAUCCUUUCCUGCUGAACUUAAUUUAACUCCCUAUAUGACAAAAACAACAAUGAAUGAGGAAAACGCGAAGUAUUGCCUUUUUGCGGUUAUUAGUCACUUCGGUGCAUCAGUUGAAACAGGACAUUAUAUGUGUUAUGUGAAACCUCAACUACAAAAUCGUUGGUUUCGGUGUGAUGAUCAUUGUGUCUGUGAAGUAUCUGCAGAAGAAGUAUUUAAAAGUGAAUGUUACCUUCUUUUCUAUCAACGGAUGAAUGGCGAUUCAGCGAGUUAA